AUGUCAACCCCAUUCAAAGCUGUGUUCUUCGAUUUCAUGGGAACGUGUCUUGAUUGGCACUCCAGCGUCGUCAAGUCUUGGCCUUCAUCGGUUCCUCAAGAUGAAGCCUCCAAGCUCACUUUAGAAUGGCGCAGACAAUAUUUCAUCGAAAAUGACAAGCGCUUUCGCCAGGGCCUUGCCCCGGAGGACAUUGACGUGACGCUCGCGCGCGUUCUAGAAGGGGUACUCAGCCAGUCGCCAGACCACGCCUCUGUCCUCGAUGCAGAUACGAAAAAGAGGAUGGUCCAGUCGUGGCACUCUCAACCCGCAUGGCCUGAAGUUGGAAAAGCCAUUGAGAGUGUUCGCAAGGACCUCGACCUCGAGGUGUUCGUUCAUGCGAACGGUACCACUCGGUUGCAACUCGAUCUCACCAGGUCUUCGGGGUUGAGCUUCAACAUGCUGUUCUCCAGCCAGCUGCUGGGACUUUACAAGCCUAAUCUCGACGCUUACAAGAAAGCGUUGGAGCUUGUCAAGCUACAGGCGGAGGAAGUAGUCAUGGUUGCAGCGCAUGCGUACGACUUGCGUGCCGCUAAAACGUUGGGGAUGAAGACUGUUUACAUCCAUCGGUGGACUGACGACAUAGAUGAGGACAUGGAGAAGGUCAAGAAGGAGUUUGAUGCGUUUUUGGAGGGUAUGGAGGAGUUGCCUGCUGUGAUUAAGAAGCUUUCACACUGA